AAAAAGGUGAAGUCUGCCACAAACACACGUUCGAGGUUCCUUUACCAAAUUUGCAAUAAUUACGGGUUUUAACGUAAAAUAAUUAUUAAGAUUUUAUGAAAAAACUAAUCGUCAAAGUAGACUCAGUGAGUGUGAUUAGAAGUUUAACUGAAAAAGUUACAAUAUGAGUAAAAAGCAAACAAAAUUGUAGACGUUCCUUGGGAUAAAACUUUUUUUUUAACUACAAGCAGACAAAAAAAGUAUGUGUGUGUAUGAUGAAAGAAGAUACAAGGAGAAGAAUAAAUAGAUAAUAGUGAUGAACAACAACUGAUUAUAUGGCAUACAAAGCAAAUGCUAAGUAAAGUGUUUUAAAGAAAAUCAAAGUGACAUUUUUAUAAAAUUGUUUGGAAAACAAAAUUUUAAUUUAUUUACAAAUUUUUCUUCGUAUAUAUUUUACUACAAUUAAAUGCACGUAAAGAGAGAGCAAGAAUGAUUGUUUUGUGAGUUUUUUAACAAUAGCUAUCUCUUUCGCCGAAGAGAGAAACAUAAGUAAAAUGCAAAAUUGAAACAUUAUUGUGAAUGAUUUGUUGUAGUGCAAAUUACACCACCCAUCCAAUGAUUGUGUGUGUUUGUUGUGAUUUCUGAUCUGACAAUUAACUUUGACAUUUUCACCACAGUUUUCUUUUAAAUGGCUGCGUUGACGGCGGCUUAAAAUCUUUACGUGUUAAGAAAAAUUAUUAAAAUUAUGGGAAAAAGUAAAAAUAAAAUUGUAAAUAAAGGGAAAAUCAACAAAUAAACUAGUUUGUUUUCCUGAAAAUUAAGUGUAAACAAACAAAUUGUUAAAUAAGCAAUAAAUUGUAUUAAAUGAAAAUAUUCCAAUCAUCAUCACCAUCUUUGUUGUAAUAUGUAUGAAGAAAAAUUUCUAUUUUUCGUUUUAUCUUCGUCUAGUAUUUGUGUGUGAUUUGGCGAGUGAGUGUGUGCGUAUGUGAAUUUGAUUAAAAAUUUAAAAAAAAAAGAAAAAGUGUUGUAUCGUAUGUGAAUGUUGGUUGUUUCACCUCGCCGUGUUUUAAUUACCUUAGUGCGUCGACGUCUGAUUUUGUUUUUUUCUCCCAACCAACAUUCAUUUGAAUAUAAAAAAAAAAACAAAAUUUUUGCGGUAUACUAAAAAAUUUAUAACGACAGAAAAGUUGAGAAUAAAAUUGAAACAACUUUUUUUUAAAACUCAAGAAGUGAUAGUUAAGAAGAAAGCUUUUGUAAAAGAAAAAUUACUAAUUAUAUAAUUAAUAAUAAUUAAGCCAAUGUGUGUGCGUGUGAAAGUGUAUAAUUUGAAACAUCCAAAUGUGUCAACAAGUUUUUAAACCUUUUCUACUUCCAUUUACUGUUUUCAAUAACAAGGAGUUAGUUAGAACUCUGGCCAGUAGUUGUGCUUGCCAAUCACAACAAAAACAACAAUAAUAGUUCUGGGAUUUACUUUUCAUAGAUAGUUGCUGCUCCUCCUCACCAUAAUAACAACAAUAAAAAACUGCCAAUGAGUCGACGACAGUCAUUGGAUCGACCAGGAAUAUUGUCUCCUCCGGGUCCGUUUUUAACGCCCAGCCCAUCACCAUCGAUCUCAGCUAGUCCACGCUUGCAACCAUCACCCUCAUUAUCACCUUUUCCACAAGAUGUACUACUGGUAACAGGCAAUCCUUUAACAAACAACAGUACUCAUGAGCAGGAACGUAAAACUGUAACACCGGGACGUAGACAGUCAAUACAUCAGUUUACUAAUGGUAGUCCAAGUGCAGGCACUGUGGUUUUCCAGCCCAGUCCGUCACAGUCGCCGGCCGCUGCCACCAGUGUUAUUGGUGUAACGGGUGGUGGUGGCUUAAAUGUGGUGGCGGGUUUUCCUAGUAGUGUCUCACAAAACACAAUAACAACGACUUUACCUACAAUAACAACGACUGGAAAUGAAUUGAAUACUACGUUAGUGGGAUCCAAUAACAUACAACUUAAUAAGAAGGGUACUAAGCGCCAACAGCAACAACAACAGCAACAGCAACAACAACAACAGCAUCACCAAAUAUUUAGUUCCUCUAGCCACUAUUCGCACCUACCAUCCUUAUCUACCACCACAACUAUAGCCGGCGGCUAUGGGCAAUUACAUGCAACAACGAUCAACAAUACACCGAAUACGUUUGCGACAACAACUGUGGCUAGUGCGCCAAAAAAUCAAACGAAAAAAGGUUCUGCUAACAGUGCCACAGUUUUGCCCAUAGGCCAGCAAUCACAACAAACACAUCAACAACAGCAGCAAUUUCAACAAUAUCAAACUAGUAGUCCCUUAAUAGCAGAUAGUCCAUCACCAAGUCCCAGUGGUACUGCUAUAACGUCGGCAUCAAUUAAACCGCCAACACCACAACCACCCAUGCAAAUGUUGCAACAACAAUUUACCAUUGCCAGCAAUGGCAAUGGUACUGGCGGUCCCCAGCAGCAGACUUUUCAGUUAAUCCAAGGACCUCAAGGUCAGUUAAUAGCAGCUGCCACUUCUCAACAGCAAAAUUCACAUUUGCAACAGCAACAACAAUUGCAGCAACAUAGAUUUAACCCUACGCCCACAACGAACAUUGUAACAUCUACAGCGGCAGGGGCGGUAGGCAACAAAUCAGCGAAGACUCCCCAACAAAUUCUACCCAAACCUCAGCAGUUGCAGCAGCAACAACUAAUUCAACAGCAGCAGCAACUAGUAGACCAAAUUAAUUUUGCUCAACAACAACAACAGAAAUCGAAAACUCCCAAUCCGACGCCUCCUCCGGCCUCGGUGACUUCGUCAAGCAAUAUGUCUCAGCCAUCCUUAACGCAGAUCUCACAAUCAGCCCAACCGGGUCAACAACAGCAAAUAAUUCUACCUUCUGGUGCCACAGCUAGUCUUACAACCACCGCUCAACAGCCCUUGUUGCUCAACCAAAUGCCCGUGUUGGUGCAGCAAAACACCCCACAAGGAGUACAACUAAUUUUACGGCCACCCACACCACAACUGACCGCCACUCCCUCACUGGUUAUCCAGAACAGAGCUCAACCUCAAUUGCAGCAACAUCAACAGCCGCAACAGGUUUUGCGUAUUUUAGGUACUAACGGAGCAACUAUGCAAUUGGCAGCUGCCACGCCCACAUUUAUAGUUUCAUCACAGGCAAAUCUGAUACAACAGGCAAAUCAUUUGCAGACAAUUAAAACUCAGUCACAGUCACCUGCCAUAACACAACUUAGUGGCUUACAUGCCGCUCUAUCUGCAGCAGCCGCCGCCAAUAGUCAACAGCAAAGAUCUCAACAGUUUGCCACCACAGCAGCUACAAUCAAUGGUCAUUUACUGAGUCCUAGUGUAGCAGCUCAAAUACAAAAUCUCCAAUUAGCAGCCGCUGCAGCAGCAAAUGGUAAUGGUUUGACUGCUCAAAUACAAAUGCCUAAUGGUUUGACAACUUCCGGGGCUACGACUCUGCUUUCCCAAUUGCCGGGAACAGCUCAGUUUCAGCAAAAUUCGCAGGGCUUUAAUAUUAAUCUUAAUCAACUGAGUGGCGCCAAUAUUCAACAAAUUGCCGCAGCUGCAGCGGCCGGCGCAACUUUUCAAACUCCACCGCCACCACCACAAACUCAAAAUGCUGCUAAUAAUGGCCAGCAGCAAAAUCAACAAAAUUCAGGAAAUAAUACCACCGCCAACAACAACACCGCAACAAAUGAUCUCUUUUCAAAUUCAUCCAAUGCAAUGAGCAGUUUAACUCAAUCAUCACCGGCCCAUUGUCCGGUUGCAGUAACCCCCGAACCUAUAAGACAACCAACACCGGUAUUACAGAAUAUACCCGCCGCUAGUCCGCAACUACAAAAACAAACUCACAAUCCACCACAAAUACAAUUGAGCUUAAAUGCUGCAGCUACCAUACAGCUGCAACAACACCAGCAGCAACAGCAGCAGGCACAAAUUCAACAACUACAGCAACAGAUUCAACAAACACAAAACCAAGUGCAACAGGCCCAACAACAGCAGGGCCAUCAAUUAGCGCAAGUUCAGCAUAUACAGCAGAAUCAAAAUUUGCAGCAAACACAAACUCAACCACAGGUUGUUCAGCCAGAAACGAAAAAGAAGCCUAAACCAAGGAAAAAGAAACCACCAGCCGCUAGUGCGUCUUCAAAUGCAUCAACAGCUAAUAACAAUAAAAGUUUAACGACCACCGCUAAUAAAUCGCUAAAUACCAACACAUCUACUACAUCGGUAUUGGCUCCUACUAUAACCUCAACGAGCAACACGAUAAACAUGGUUCCUAAUACGACAAGUCAAGAGCAAAUGAAUAUGCAACAACAGACCAACACCACCAACAUACCACCUUUGAACCACAGCAUUCAAAAUCUUCAAGAUAACACAACACAGGUCCAAAAUUCACCAUCACCUCCCCCGCCACAAAUACAAAGAGCUAGCAACGGUAAACUAGACUUGGGCAAUGUUAUGAAACUUUGCGGUAUAACCGAUGAAGAUGAUGAGGAUUUCAUGGAUACAAGUCCAACCGAAGAAACCCAGCCCAACCAAUCAAUAAAUUCAACACAAAACUUUACCAUAUCUAUACCACAACCCAAUGGUACCAGCGAAACUUUGCCCUAUACUUUAAGUAUACCGGGUGUUCAAUCAUCCAAUAUUCCAAAUGAAACCUUGGAGUCAUCACAACAAGAACCAACAACAAAUAUAGUCAUAAAAAUUGAUCCAUCUGAAGCAGGUAUUGGGACCACGACAAAUUCUUCAUCACUAGCUCAACCCUAUUCCAUAACCAUACCUCGCCUACCAUCACAGGAGGAGAUACAAAAACAAUCUCAACAACAUUUGAACAACCAACAUAAUGACAAUAGCAGUUUGCAACUGAAACAACAACAAACGAUGUUGACAUCACAACCCUUAAACACAAACAUAACUUUUUCAAUGCCAAUGCAUUCGGCACCCUCCUCAAUGGCACCCAAUAAUAUACCCCAGUUGAUAAGCAAUACUAUGGCUCCAUCCAAUACCAUAAACAAUAGCAUGGUCGCCUCAUCAUCAAUCGCUACUACCACUACAACCACUACCACGGCUACAGUAAAGCCUAGAAGAAAACCGGCUGCUAAAAGAAACAAUAAGAAAGAUUCCAAUAAUGUAGCUACAACUUCCAUAAACAGUUCUCUUGGAAAUUCAAUGAAUUCAACACAAACUGUUGCAACAUCAUCCACGGUUGUUACUCCAGCUGUUAAUAUCACAACAAGUGCAAUAUCCACACCUCUGGCCACACCAGCUCUAGUACCAAGUCAAAUUGGAAAUAUACAAAUCUCUCAGAUAGACAACAGAUUGACCAACAACCAAACUCAACUGAUUUCGACCCCUAUGACAUCUCUCGUCGAAAAUAAAAUUCAAAUCAUGCCAAUAAUGGAUAAAAAUACCAACACCACUCAAAUGCCUCAGCUGCAGCAAACGCAAAUUGUUUUCCAACCCAAUAACACUGGUAACAAUCUAACUAUAAACUCAGCUCAAAAUCAGCAGUCAUUAACACAGGAACAGCCUAGGCAAAUGCAAUUGGUGGCAUUACCUCAGCUUUCAAACUCUUCGCAAGUUUCGACAACAUCAACUAGCACUCUCAAUCAACAGCAACCCCAACCAACUCUUACAAUGCCAAGCCCACAAAUUAAUUCAACGCUGCCUAAUGCUCCAAACAAUACACAAACUUCAUUAAUGCCUCCUGCAGCACAAACUACCAUGUUGCCGGGAUUAUCUGGAAAUGUAUCAAUUUCUGUGGGAACGCCAAAUACUAUAGCAGGAAUUAUACCCCAAUUAACAGGUAGUCUAACUUUGGCUGUGUCAGAGCAAUGUGAAAGAUUGAUACUUAGACACGAUCCCAAUCAACCACAAGAUCAACAAUCCCAACUGAUAUUGCAGGCCUUGCUAAAGGGAGCUCUACCCAAUGUUACCAUUAUAAAUGAGCCAACCAAAAUCGAGCCUCCAAAACCACCAACCAUACAGCAACAGCCAACAUUACCCCAACCAAUGCUUACACCAACAAGCGUAUCAGCAACCCCCACAUCCAGUGCUAACAAUUCAACAGGAGCUAUUAGUAAAUCGAACAAGAAAAAUAACAAACAAAACGCGGAAGCUGCAAAACAGCAAGUGGCGACACAAAAUUUAUCCAAUCAAAUACAGAAGCCUAUGGAGGGGAUUGGAAACAACACUACUACAAGCAAUAGUAAUCUUAAUAGUAAUUUAAAUAACAUUAAUACCAACAUUAAUAUGAAUUCAGCUAACUCGCAAAUUCCACCACCCAACGUCACUAUGUCUCAGCAACGAUAUAUAGCCUUGCCCAAAAUCGAUCCCAGCACUCAACAGUUGUUCAGUUUGAAUCCCUUAAAUAAUCAAAUAACGCCUAUAAAUGCUAGUCAAACUACAGCUUCGAUUGGACCAACUGAACGCUUACUAAUCGCUCCAGCAGGAAUAAACGCACAACAAUUGGCCCAAUGUUUGCAGCAAGGACAAUUACAUUUCAACGAUGUUAAUCCGGUAACAUCACAACAGACUUCUUCUUCACAACCCCAGCUGCAACAACAACAGCAGCAACAACAAACUAUAGGCGCAAUUGGCGGUGGUAGUAGUAGUAGUCAACAGCCCAAACAACAAAUUGUGUAUCCCAUGACAUCACAAAUGAAUACACAAGGUAUGGUGACAACAACAACGACCACUACUACCACAACAUCUAAUCCAACUACAGUAAGCUCUUCGGCACAACCGGCUACAACAAACACAUCAACUACAACUAAACAAGUUGCAAAUGUUGCACCCAUAAUCGAUCAAUCGAAAGCAAAACAGGAUACAAAACAGAUUAACAAUACUAACACGGGCGGCACAGGAGCAGUUCCCAAAAAGAAGCCGGUAAGAAAACCGAAAGCUUCAACAACUACUGCUGCAGAUGUGGCGCUAAUGAAAAAUGCUUCGGUGGUCAAACCAAUGCCAAAACUAGAUCCUCUUUCCCAAAAACCCAACAACAAUCCAGUGCAAAUAGUGCAGCCUAAUACGGCAAGUGGCAAACCAGUGGUAUCCACAUCAACCACUUCUACUACAACAACUACUACAUCUAAUGUGGUAACAAUUCAGCCUUUUCAAACACAAACAUCCACGGGCACUAAACUGGUGGGAGUUACAGCACCCAUGCAACAGCAACCGCAGAAUAAUAUUCAGCAGCAACAACAACAGCAACCUCAACAAGGACGUUCACAAACCAAUUUCAGUCUGAACUUUACAGGAGGAACAAAUAACAGCACUACUACCACUAAUACAACAACUAGUCUCAAUACAAAUCAAUCAAUGCAAAAUCUUAACAACGGUCUUCCGAAUAAUUCAUCAACUACUGGCAACAAUCAGCCUCAACACACGGUUUCAAGAGUCCAAACUAUACAACUAACACCUCAACAACAACAAAUGUUCAGACAGGUUCAAAUGCAAAUACAAUAUUUGACCGUCAAGCUGCAGCACAAAAACUUACUCAGUUCUAUGCCUUUACCGGUCGAUUUGGAUCCUAAUGUUGUGGCCGCUUUUAACAAACCAAUGAACGAUAUGGAAAUCAACACCGCAUUGCAAAGACUUUUCAUGGAACAACAACGUAUACUGGCAGCCGGUAAAGAAAUACCCACUCCCGAACCUUUCAUAACAAACGCCAACAAUGCUGCAAAUGCCGCCAAUAAUUUUCCGUUAAUGCAAUCCAACAAUUUUACCAACGACAGUGGAAAAGUGAAUGCCGUCAAUAUACCGGCCAAUAUUGUACUGCCAAAUAAUCAUUCAACAAUGAGUGGUAACUCAAAUGUGGCGGGAAAUACAAUGAAUUCAACAAUGGGUAAUAUACAGCAACAACAACAGCAGCAGCCCACACAAAAGAUUCACAUUUAUCCCAUACAACAUCAGCAACAAAAUAAGCAAGCAAAGCAAACAAAACAGCAAGUUACUUUGAAUAUCAACAACAUAAAUACUAACAAUACGAAUAAUAAUCUACCUACAUCAACAUCAACAAUUGCAACUGUAACUUCAACUGCUGCUGGCAAUAGUGGUAUUAACAGCAAAAUUACAAACAAGCAGAAAUUAAACCAACAACAACAAAUAAUUGUACAACAACCCCAAAAUAAUGGUGGUGGUAAUAGUAAUAACUUAUCAACUGCCACCACUAAUAUGGUAAAUACACCCACAUUAAACUUACAAUUGCCGCAAUUGUCGUCUUUAACGACAACACCAUCAUUGCCCUCUUUACCAUAUCCUUCACUGCCACCUCCACAUAUGAUCAAUAUCGCUAACAUGCCAGCAGUAUUACAGCAAAAGCAUUUCACACAACAUUUACAAAUGCAACAGCAACAACUAAUGCAACAGCAGCAGCAACAACAGCAACAGAAAUUACAGAAUUCCAAUAUAAAACCCUCCAAUAAUUUUGCAAGUUUUAAUGCCAACUUAAGUAAUAUGCCAGGAUUUCAACAAGGACCACCACCGCUAAUAUUCCCUACAUCUACAGCAACAACUAGUAGUGCAGUUGUGACUAUAGCAGCAGCAACAGCACCAACAACAUCAUUAACAACAAUACCUCAGCUAACAGCACUAAGUCAACAACAAACAACUUUACCACAACAGCAAACACAAAUACAAUUCCAACCCUCAUCAUUACAAUCCGCACCAACAUUUGCUGUUACAAUAGGAAACCAAAAGACUUACGUGCCCAUUAUUACCGGUGCUAUAGCUUCAGUGACCACAUCUACCCUACAACAAGUAGCUGUUGCAUCGUCAUCAUCAUCUUCCAUGAAUACGGUGGUCUCCGCUAUGCCUCAAUUAAUAACCGCCACCGCUGCUACAUCAUCAACACUGACAACAACUGCUGCUACAGUUACUGCGGCUCCUUCGAUUCUAGUACCCACAUCUACUGCUGCUAUGACAAAUGCAGGCUCUGUUAAUCCCAUGCUAACAUUGGCACCCUCAUCUUCGAGUGGUCAUCCAUUGAAUAAUCAACUUGUUGUCCAGCAGAAUACAUUAUUUAAUGGUGGCGUUAAUGUUAAUAUUGUCGGUAACCAAAUUGCACAGAAUCAAACUGUUGUUAAAACAGAGGAACAAAUUUCACCCAAAGCAAAACUUGCUCGUCUUUCUUUAAUUCUACGGCAAUUAGAAGUUGAUCAACAAAGCUAUUUAAAUCCCGACUACAAGAGUCCGUUUGAAAAUAAGGAAGAGGCAGUAAAACGUUUAAUAAGAUAUCAUUGUAUGUAUCAACCCGAUGAAGAUAUACCCAGUGAAGAGGAAGAAGAAUUUGAAAAGACCGCCAUAAGGUUUCAAGAUAAAUUUCGUCAUUUAUCAGGCAAAUUUCAGCAAAUAUUAUUACAAGAAUCAAUGCUACAACAUCGUACCUCAGAAAUAUGUCAAAUGGAGACAUUAAUGAUUGAAGAUUUAAAACAGGAAAUUGAAGAUUCCAAACAAUUAGAAAAAGACAUUUUACAAUAUGAAUUAUUACAGCAACAGCAACCACAGGAAGAUAAGAAAGAAACUCUAAAAGAUAUAGAAAAUUUUGCUGUCACCAAUACAUCGCAAGCUUCACCCUGUCCUUCAACACCGAGUAUUUUUGAUCAGAUCAAAAAUGAGGUUAAAAUCGAACAGCUAGAUAUUAAGCAUAAUUUAGAAGAAAAUUCGAAUAAUAAUAGCAAUUCGAAUUUCUGUAAUAAUUUACAAUCGUCCUCUGUCUCAUUGGAUUCUAUUAAUAAUGAAAUUAAAGGAGAACCAUGCGAUAAUUCUCUAACCUCUUCAAGUGGUGUAAAAAGUUCGUGUAGUUCUAUGGAUUCAUUUGAUUUAUUAAAGCAAACAUCUGUUGAUAAUAGUUCUAUAAAAAAGCAAACUGUUGAGGUGAAAGAACCCAAAAAAGAGGAAAUAUCUACACAAUGGAAACAAUCUUAUUUGGAAAGCAAAAGUUCUAAUAGUUAUUAUAAUCAUUUGGCCAGUGCUUCGGUGAAUAUAAACAAACCAGUAAAUCAUGCCUUUAAUGGUGUAGUCAAAAAGCAACAACCAGCAGCACCAGCUGCUGCAACCGCAGUCCCUAGUACUCCAAAUGUAGAACUAAAGAAAGAAGAAAAAGAUAGUUUUGAAAAUUUUGAUAUUGAAUCGGAAAUCACUCCAAGUUUCAUCAUGAAAAAACAGGAACCAAAAGAACCUGCACAAACAGCCAGUACAACUGCUACAGCUGCAACAACCACUACAACAGCUGCCACAGAUUCGAUGACUAGCUCGAAUACCAACACUUCUGCUGCUAAACAGCACAGUGCUAAGUCAGCUAAACAAGCUAAAAUUAGUCAUACAUUUGAGCAUAAUGUUCAUGUAGCAGCAAGUAUAACAAAUAGCCAUAAUUUCCAACAAACUCUUUCCACAACUAACGCAACGGCACAAUCAGAAGUUGUUACAAAUAAUUUUGAUUUUUCACAUCAUAUGCCUGUAAAUCAGACAUCAAAACAACAAGAAGACGACUGGUUGUGCAUACAAAAAGAAUUAAAUUUGAUGAAUUCCGUGAGCACCACUGUUAAUAGUAAAAAUAAUGAAACUAGCACUAAUAACUCAGCACCUCAAAUUACAACAGAACCCUUAGCAAAAACUCUAGAUUUCUUAUCGAAUGCAACUUCUAAUGAUUUGUUUCCCAAUGGUUGUAUUAACAAAAAUAUGGAAAAUCAAUGUAAUAAUCAAGUUCCAUCUAAUGUAGCUGCCACCAAUUGCAAUACAACAUUGGCCACUAGUAGUUGUAGCCGGCAAAAUCAACAGCCAUCUUUACCUCUUGCAACACAUGAGGAAAAUCAACAAGCUGCUGAUUUAAAUGAAUUCUUUAGUGGAUCUGAAGAUAGCGAGGUUCAGAAGGAUGUAGAAACCAGAUUAGAAGCCAUGUUCGGAGAAUCUCCGGUGCAUUUAACAGGCGGUAAUAAAGAACGUUCAGAUUCGCCUGAUGAUAUCGAAUCUGGUUUGGAAUCUAUUUUUGGUGAAUCAAAUAAAUCUCCCUCAAAUAAUCCCUGUGCUGUCAAGGAGAAAUCAAACUGGGCUACAGAUUUUGGUGACAAUUCCUUUAUGACAGCUAACCAACAACAUUCUACCAACUUUAUGAAUGCCACCAAUAAUAGCAUGCCACAUCACAUACAACUGGGAUCGGCCAAUAAUCCUCGAUGGAUGCAAAAUAUGGAAGCUCAAUUUCCAGAUUUCCUCACUAGCAACAGCAGUAAUAACAAUUCUUCGGUCAAUGAUUGUAUGGCUUCAAGAAAGCGUCAAUGGAAUGGUCAUAUUGUUGAUGAAAAUGUAGAACAUGUGCAGCAGCAAAGGGAACAGAGGCAGCAACAUGUUUCACAGGAUGAAGAAAGUCCCCAAAAGAAAAUGUGUGAUGGUUCCAUGAACAAUGGAGGUCUUAAUGAUUCUUCGGCCUCGUCUUCAUCGCCAUUAGGCAUGCAACAACAGUCUCAGACCCAUCAUCAUCAUCAUCAUAACUUAGUGCCAAAUGAUACCUCACAUGCUCAGGAAUUAAUGGAUGCUGCUUUAUUAUCUCUACAUGAUGGUUUAGGUGUCGAUAACAAUGCCCAAGAGAAUCCCUCGCAAACGAAUGGUUUCGCACACAUGAUGGGCCAUCAGAAUUUUGCUUCCUACAACAAUCACAUGGAUAACAAUCAACAGCAGCAAACACAACAUUUCAUGAAUCUGGCUCAUCAGCAAAAUAUGACUGCACAACAGCAGCAAAUGCUUAACAACCACAUGAUGCAGAUGAACCAUCAACAACAGGGUAACAUUCACGGUCAUCAUCAUGCAGGUGCUGGAGAAUUUGAUGAUGAUAUAACCCGCCAUGUACAAAAUGCCAUCGAUAGCAUAUUAAAUCUGCAAAGUUCCGAAGCAGAUUCAUUAUCUUUCUCCUUAGAUCAUUCAAUGGGCUCAUUUCUAGGCGAUACCAUACUCAAUGAUAACCAAAGUGCUGCGAAUAAUGCCGUCUCAUGUCAAGAGUCUACGAAACGUCGACAAUUAGUCGAUGAAUUGGGUGACUGUUUAAUGGGAAAUUCCUCAACAGAAACACCAUUACUUAUGGAUACUUCGGCUAAUGCACCUCAUUCUCAAAUAAUGAAUCAUUCUGGUCUACACCACAACAACUUGCAGCAACAGCAUCAUGGUCAUGUUGCUGCAACAACAAACUCUGUUGGACAGACAAACGAUUCAAACAUGAAUAAUAAUCAUCAUCAUAGAAAUGCCACUGGUGGCAAUAAUAUUUCCGUAAAUCAUACCCAACAACAGCAACAAUUAAAUGAUUUUAAUUGUGUUGUCGGUGGCAUGGAUGAAGCAGUUAAGUCCAUAAUGACUUCUUGACACCAACAACCAACAAAUCAGACACAAAAUCAACAACAGCAACAUGUUGGAACAUCAUCAACACAGGCCAAUUCCUCAUCAACCGGAACUUUACAGCAGCAACCACAAUCAGGUCUUCUUAAUAGUAAUCACAAUCAUCUUCAGCUUUCUACGACUGCAACAAAUGGCAUUGGCUCCGGUAAUAGUUUAAUAUUAGAAUUCAAUUCAGCAGCAUUAUGAGACCUCAUAACACAUAUUAUACCACCAUUGGCUGUUUAGAAAUAUAUUAAUUUAUACAGAGGUAGAGAAAAGAAUACAAGGUAACUAUGUACAUGUUCUAUGUAUAAUUUUAUUGGUUUUUUCUGUUGUGUUUUAUAAUCGAUUUACUACUACAGCCAUUAAGAUUGUUUUUUUUUCUCUUUUGUAAACAAAGAGCCUUAAAUGUUCUUCGUAUGGUAUUUUGAAAUUUUAAGCAACCAAUGAAUUUUGUAUUUAGUUUAAAAAAAAGUGCAGCGUUGAUUUUAGAAAAAAUAUAUCUCAUAUUUCGUUUUUGAGAAAUAUGUUAUUGAAAAAUUAAAGAAAAUGUCCCAGCUUAUAAAUAAAUUCGUAAAGAUUUAUCCCUUUAUUGUGUGAUCACUCAGUUUUUCAUAAUUUAGUUAAAAGUAAUCGGGACUAAUCAGACUAAUUAAUUUUAAUUAAUUUCUAGCUUCAGAAUUUAUAUAUCACAUCAGGUUUUCGAGAUUUCGAUACCUACCGUGUGAAAGUUUAAACUGCCUACUUUAAAAUAACUUUAUUUGAUCUCGGUCUUCUUUCUUCUUCGAAAGAAGAAAUUUGCUUUUUUUAGCUUUAUGACAGGAUAUCUAGAAAAUCUGAUUAGUUGAAUAAAUUCUAAAAAAAGAUUCGAAAAAGGGAAUUAAACACUUUCUUUUAAAGUAAACAGAUUAGACUUUCAGAUAGCAAAACUUUGUAUGUAUAUAAUAUUGUAUUUGCGCUGUUAUAACGUUUAAGAUCUGCCCCAAACCUAACCUAGCACACGGUAUGUAGAAGAGUUAAAUUCUAAAAUCAGAUUCCAAUAGAAGAGGAGAUAUAAGUGGAUUUAAAGCUUUAUUUUAAAGUCGACACUAUAUCAAGAAAACCUGAUGAUACGGAGAAAUUCUCAGAGCAGAGUUAUUGUCACUAUCUUUAAAAAGUUCAAAUUCUGUUGGUCUGCGUAAUUGUAGAAAAAAAAUUGUUUAUAUAAAAUUGCAUGUAAAAGUUUACAAACUAAUAAAAAAUUCUAAUUGUUUAAAUUUCAAAUGCCAUAAUACAUCCCUACCCUCACUGCUUUAAAACCUCCCAUUAUAAAAAUGUUCACAUGAAGU